AUGUCACCCAAGACUACUAGGAAGCGAACUGUGUCGUGGAGCGACAACGCGCGAUCCGCACGCGAGCUCGUGAUGAAGGUCCCUGCUCAGACCUCUCGAUUGGCGUGCAUCCCAUCCGCAGCGCGCUUUACCAUUGUUGUCUUAAGCAGCCUCAUUGUGAGCUCCGUUCUGUUCACAUUCUCAUCGACCUUGACAGUGGGCGAUCUUGGGCCUAUCAGCAAACACCUGGAAGAAUGGUGGGAAGUGGGGGGCUUGAUAGGCUGGAGGGCUUUGGAGGUUGGAUUAGCCUGGGUUCUAGGAUUUGAUGGCCGCGAUGUGGCAUCGUUCUUAUUCCUGACCCACCUACCAACAUACUCUCUCUUGUCGUUCUUUUACGGCAUCCGACCAACUUCUACGCUGAUAGCAUUUGGGAUCACGAUUGUAUCGACAGCGCUUCCCUUCGCCCUCCUGCGCCAGCCCUCGUCCGUUCACAAUCUUUCACAUACGUCUGCUGAUGCAGUUGCCAAUCGAAACAUCUUACAGGAUAAGAUUACCACUGUAUUCACAACGCUCAUGGCAACCUCUAUUUUUAGCGUUGUCUUGUACGCUAGCUAUGCGACUUGGCUUCCUACACAGCUGGUCAUUCACUUCGAGGGUCUCCCGGAUAUUAGCGCAGCGCAUGCUGGUCCCGCCGGCUUGCCUGUCCUCUUCCUGACACUGAUUCCUGCUGGAUGGGCUGCGCGUGACUUUUUGUUUGUCAGCUCCACUGGCUAUUCAACCACCCCCGCUAGUUCUUCAUGCUGCCAGGGUGAAUAUUUGGGUGCGGCCAUUUGUCGCAACACUUGGGGCAAAUUGACCACCAAGACGAGAGUUCUGGUUUCUCGGUCCAUUAUUCUCGCGCUUGGAGUUUUGCUCAACACGAUUGUCCAAGUGGCCGGCACAAUUAGCAAUGUUUCUGUGGAAGGCGCCGCCGCUUGGGGAGCACUUUGGGCAUUUGCAACGCUGAUCGUAGGAGCAACCUUUGGCUGGGUCGAAGCCGUUGAUGGUGUAUGA